AUGGAACUAAAGGUUGGUGAUGAUGGAAACAGACAACACUAUGGAAGUGCCUUGUGUUGGUGGUUAACAGUCUCUGUGGUAGCUAUCCUCGUAGUUGGUGCUGGUGUUUUUACUAUACUUGCCAAGUUUCAUCAUCAUUCUCAUUCACCUCAACUCUCCAACAUCAAUACCAAAUAUGUCUCUUCUCUUCAAUUAGCCCUUCGGUUUUUCGAUGUCCAAAAGUCUGGUAAGGUGGAGAAUAAUAGGGUUUCGUGGAGAGGGGAUUCAGGGCUAAGAGAUGGGAGAGAAGAGAAUUUGGAUUUGUCUAAAGGAUUAUAUGAUGCUGGUGAUCUUGUGAAGUUUGGGUUUCCAAUGGCUUUCACUGCUACUGUUUUGUCUUGGGCUAUUCUUGAAUAUGGACAUCAUAUGGAUGCAGUGAAGCAGCUAGAUUAUGCAAUGGAAUCUCUCAAGUGGAUCACUGAUUAUCUUGUUAAUGCUCAUCCUUUCGCUGAUAUCCUUUACAUUCAGGUAGGGGAUCCUGAGGUGGACCACAAUUGCUGGGAAAGGCCUGAAAACAUGACUGAGAAAAGACCAGUCAUUCAAGUUAACUCAUCUUUCCCAGGAACAGAAGUUGCGGCAGAAACAGCAGCUGCACUAGCCUCGGCGUCUCUAGUUUUUAAGGAAAUUAAUCUCACUUACUCUCUGAUUCUCCUUGAACAUGCUCAGCAACUGUUUACUUUUGCUGAUACAUACAAAGUUUCCUACAGUGUCAGUGUUCCUCAAGUUGGGAAAUACUAUAACUCAUCAGGUUAUGAGGAUGAACUUUUAUGGGCAGGUAGCUGGCUUUAUCAUGCAACAAAGGAUCCAUCAUACUUAGAUUACGUGACAGAGAAGAACGAGAAUGAAUUUGGAAGUUUAGGAAGUGUAUCUUGGUUUAGUUGGGAUGAUAAGCAUGCUGCAACUCAGGUUCUUUUGUCUAGAGUAAACUUUUUCGGAGCUAGAGAUAUACCAGAUGUAGAGAACCUUGACCUUCAAAAGUAUAGAGAAACCGCUGAAAUACUCAUGUGCAAGCUUCUACCAGAUUCACCAACAGCCACAACCAACAGAACCAAAAGUGGAUUGAUUUGGGUGGUACCAUGGAACUCUCUGCAACAUUCAGUGGCGUCUGCAUUCUUAUCUGUUCUUUAUAGCGAUUACAUGUUGACAUCUCAAACUGAAAAUCUAUAUUGUAGCGGGAAAAUGUAUAAGCCAAUAGACCUCCGAAAAUUCGCAAUUUCUCAGGUAGAGUAUGUGUUGGGAGAAAAUCCAAUGAGGAUGAGUUAUCUUGUAGGAUAUGGAAGUGAGUAUCCUAGAUAUAUACAUCAUAGAGGAUCUUCAAUUCCAGUUGAUGCUAAAACUGGUUGCAGGGAUGGAUUCAAGUGGUAUGAUUCACCCGAGCCUAAUCCUAAUGUGGCAUUUGGAGCUUUGGUAGGGGGUCCCUUUUUCAAUGAGACAUAUGAUGAUUUUAGGAACAACUCAAUGCAGGGUGAGCCAACUACUUAUAGUAAUGCACUUUUGGUUGGUCUUUUAUCUGGCUUGGUUGCCACUUCCUCUGUAGCUUGGUCUUUCUAA